AACAAACCAUAAAAAAAAUGUAAUUUCUGCGGACAUGACAGCGCACUUUAGCUAAGCGGUGCAUGUUUUUGAAACAGGCAAUUGAAGCAGCAUUCAUCCCUCCCUUUCUCUCUUGCCCACACGCAAAAUAUUUCCCCCUGAAAUCAAGUUUCUCUCUCUAACUUCAAUUAAAGCUGUUAAAUUCCCUCUAUUUUUCUUUCCAUUUCAGCUCGAUUGCGUCUUAGGGUUUCUAAUUCAGGCUAGGGAAGUGUUAUUAAGCUGGAUUUGAUCUGCCAUAAGUUUCUCAUCGCAUCGCAAGUCUUAUUCCGACGUUGUUUUGGAUGCGAUUUGGACGGGAUAAAUGGCUUCGAUUCGGAGAACACUUUCGCCGUACAACGAUCGAUCGUACCAGAACGGACUCAACAGUCCAUUCUCGCCGCAAUCGCCGUCGCAGAAGCUGUUUUCCCAAGGCAGAACGACUUUCUCUCCUGUUCGUAGAUUUGUUGCGGGAGUCUUCUUCCGAAAGCACCAGCCUCGGAAGAAUUUUCAGCUUUCCUGGAAAAAAUCGCUUUUCCGCUGCUUCAUGUGCUUCUUCUUAGGGUUUUUGCUCGGCAUGGCGCCCUUCAAUAACGAUUUUAAUGAAUUGAGGCAAGGUGAUUUGAGGAACAGCGAUUUCUCGUUCGAAAUGAAGCCGGAGGUGGUGAGCGACAAGAGGACUGCGGCCGAUUUAGCUUCCGUUGAGAAGCCGAAGGAGGAUGAUUUGGUCGUCGCUGCUGUUGAAUUAGGAGUCCUUGAGAGGACCGAUAAAACUGAUAUGAAGAAGGUUUUGGAUUUUGUGCCUGGCAAACAAUUGAUCGUGGUGAGUCCAACUUAUAAUAGGGCUACGCAGGCAUACUAUUUGAAUAGGUUAGGACAGGUCUUGAGAUUGGUCAAACCGCCAGUGUUGUGGAUCGUGGUGGAGAUGAACGAGGCAUCCAUGGAGACUGCCGAGAUUUUGAGAAAUAUGGGAAUUAUGUAUAGACAUUUGGUUUGUGUGAAAAAUAAUACAGAUGUUAAGGAUAGGGGAGUGCACCAGCGGAAUACUGCACUUGAACAUAUUGAGAGGCAUAAGCUCGAUGGGAUGGUGUAUUUUGCUGAUGAUGAUAAUAUCUACUCGCUUGAGCUAUUUGAGAACAUGAGAGAAAUCAGUCGUUUUGGCACUUGGCCUGUUGGCAUGCUGGCUCAAAGCAAAAAUAAAGUGAUAUUGGAAGGCCCUGUAUGCAAUGGAAGUCGAGUAAUAGGAUGGCACACAAAUGAGAAGAGCAAAAGACUUCGCAGAUUCCAUGUGGAUAUGUCGGGCUUUGCCUUUAAUAGCACCAUACUGUGGGAUCCCAAAAGAUGGCAUAGACCAACUUCAGAUCCUAUCAGGCAAUUAGACACAGUAAAGGAGGGUUUCCAAGAGACAACUUUCAUAGAACAGAUUGUGGAAGAUGAGAGUCAGAUCGAAGGUAUUCCUCUAGGUUGUAGCAGGAUAAUGAAUUGGCACCUCCAUCUAGAAGCACGCGGACUUGCUUAUCCUAAGGGCUGGAUGCUACCGAAGAAUCUUGCUGUAGUUAUUCCUUCCAAGUGAUAUGAUUUGAUCUAAUGGUAUUACACGUGUCAUGUUGAUCUAUGAGUUGCAGAGCAUUAUCUGUUGGAGGUGAUUGUUGUGUUGAAGCCAAAUCAAUCCAGCAUGUCCCCGUUUUUAAGCAGGAGACUUGCAUUUCCCUCCAACGGAGACGUGUAGAGGGAACAGCCUGCCCCUACUUUCAUUUAUGAUUUUUUCAUUUCUUUGAGAAUUCUUUGCUGCAACAACACUCAUUUUUGUGGUAUAGUUUCUAUACGUAUGAAGAGGCGUGUCGAGGAGGGUGCUGCGUCCCUACACUGUUGUGGGUUGUGUGAAAUUUGAGUUGGUGGUUGCAGUAAUAUAGGAAUAGCCUCACAUGAGGUGAUAAAUUUUCUUUGUCCAUAUUGUAGCCCCUUUUAUGUGUUUUAAUACUAGUGAUCACAAGUCAUAGAGGAACAGCCAUUUUAUUUUUGGUCUAUUUAAAGGAAAAGACGAGUUUACCUUCAAAGUCAUACUUGACGAAAAUUAUUUACUUUACCAUGAAA